GCGUUGAAAGGUGCAAGGAUACAGCGGAACUACACGUCGCUAGCAGGUGCACCAUAGCUUCGUGAAUUUUCAAGUCCGGAGAGAGACACGUCAUGGCGCAGGAUUCGGCGUUUUCAUUUUUUCGUUCAUUGUAAACAACACCUCUGCUGCUUGUGUUUACACUUGACGAAUGUCACGAAAAUGCAAAAAAAUCAUCAUUGUAAUUCAGCAGAGCCUGUUGAGGGAAGUGAUGUGGAAGUCAAUGUUACAUUCACAGAUCCUUUCAAAGUUGAACAGAAUCAACUUCGUCAUUUGUUGUCUGUCAUUCACAGAGACUCAUGUUUGGAUGAGCAGCUAAUAGAACCACAUUGUGCUGUUUUUUAUUAAGCGGGUGCUGGAACUACUAUUUCACCUGACUUCAGAGUGACUGCAGUCUUUGGAUCAAGAAGACCGCACUCUUGCAGCCAAUAGUGACCAUGUCAGGCACUUACACUCCAGCCCCUGGUGGGCCCUUUUCAGCUCUCACUCCAAGCAUGUGGCCUCAGGACAUUUUGGCAAAGUACCAUCAAAAAGACAAUUUGGAACAGAAUGAACUCAAGUAUGAUGAGUUUGGCUUCAGGCUCGACACGGAAGAAACUGAUCCCAGUCUUUGCCUGGGCAUUGAAAGCUCACCACAACGUGAAAAUCCUCAGCAGAGAUUGCGGUGGCAGGCCCAUUUGGAGUUCACACAUAAUCACACAGUGGGCGACCUCACCUGGGAGCUCAUUGCACCUAUCCUUCCACGCUCCGAACGCCUGCGAACGCUCGUACUGGGUGGCAUUCCUCAUAGCAUGAGGCCACAGUUAUGGAUGCGUCUGUCUGGCGCACUCCAGAAGAAGAGGACAUCUGAGAUCUCGUACAAAGAAAUCAUCAAGAACAGCUCCAAUGAUGACACCUCUACAGCUAAACAGAUAGAGAAGGACUUGUUGCGGACGAUGCCCACCAACGUGUGCUUCAGUAACCUAAAAAGUGUCGGGGUCCCAAGGCUGCGACGGGUACUGCGAGGUCUGGCCUGGCUUUACCCUGACAUUGGGUACUGUCAGGGAACCGGAAUGGUGGUUUCCUGUCUGUUACUCUUCAUGGAGGAGGAGGAUGUGCUAUGGAUGAUGUGUGCCCUGAUUGAAGACCUCCUCCCUCCGUCAUACUUCUCAUCCACCCUGCUGGGUGUCCAAACAGACCAGAGGGUGCUUCGUCAGCUUAUUGUUCAGUACCUACCGGCCCUCGAUCGCCUUUUGCAGGAGCAUGACAUUGAGCUGUCGCUGAUCACAUUGCACUGGUUCCUGACAUCCUUUGCCAGUGUGGUGGACAUCCGUUUACUCCUCAGGAUCUGGGACCUUCUCUUCUACAUGGGCUCCCUAGUGCUAUUUCAAAUCACACUGGGCAUGCUUAAGAUCAAGGAGGAGGAGCUCAUAUCUUCGGAGAACUCUGCAUCGAUUUUUAACACUCUGUCUGACCUACCAAGCCAGUUGAGAGAUGGGCCUGCGGUUCUUGGUGAGGCGAUGAGGCUGGCAGGGAAUCUGUCACAAGACACACUGGAUGCCCACCGGCACAAGCACCUUGCCUACAUCCUGAACGAACAGGCCCAGCUAAACAGUGGAAACACGCCACUCGAUUCUAAUCUCAACAAGGUGGUGAGGAGACAGUCCCUGCAUAGAAAGUCCACUCUAAGCUCUCUGCUGUUUGGGGAGGAUGAGGCCGAAGCUCUCAAGUCCAAGAACAUUAAGCAGACUGAACUGGUGGCAGCCCUUCGGGAGGCCAUAACCCGCACUUCAGAACAUUUCCACUGUCUGGACCCACGCCACUCCAGCUCCGAGCUGACCCCUGAUUAUUCUAUGGAGAGCCACCAGCGGGACCAUGAAAAUUUCCUGGUCGUGUCCCGAAACCGACGAAGACGAGCGAAGGCUUUGCUGGAUUUUGAGCGGCAUGAUGAUGACGAGUUGGGUUUCAGGAAAAAUGAUAUCAUCACUAUUGUCUCACAGAAGGAUGAACACUGUUGGGUAGGAGAGCUCAACGGUCUUCGAGGCUGGUUCCCUGCAAAGUUUGUAGCGAUCCUAGAUGAAAGAAGUAAAGAGUACUCACUCGCAGGAGAUGACUCGGUAACAGAAGCUGUGACUGAUCUAGCCAGGGGAACUCUGUGUCCGGCCCUGAAGGCCAUUUUUCUGCACGGGCUCAAGAAACCCUCCAUUUUGGGCGGGCCCUGUCAUCCGUGGUUAUUCAUAGAAGAGGCGGCCAGCAGAGAGGUCGAAAGGGACUUCAACUCUGUCUACUCUAGACUGGUGUUGUGUAAAACCUAUAGGUUAGAUGAAGAUGGGAAGGUUUUAACACCAGAGGAGCUCCUUUACAGAGCAGUGCAGUCAGUCAACAUGAGCCAUGAUCUGGCUCAUGUUCAGAUGGAUGUCAAGUUCAGGUCUCUCGUCUGCGUUGGCCUCAAUGAGCAGGUGUUGCACUUAUGGCUGGAGGUGCUGUGUUCCAGCAUGGCGGCUGUAGAGAAAUGGUAUCAUCCGUGGUCAUUUCUACGCAGUCCCGGAUGGGUUCAAAUCAAAUGUGAACUCAGGGUCCUUUCAAAGUUUGCCUUCAGUCUAUCUCAAGAUUGUGAACUACCUGAGCAAAAAGAGGAUAAGGAGCAGAGGCCACUGAAAGAGGGCGUGCAGGACAUGCUGGUGAAACAUCAUCUCUUCAGCUGGGACAUCGACGGAUAGAGAAACACUAAACAAAACUGCAUCCUAACUGGUCUGCGUGUGUCAAUGUGUGUCUUUGAACCAUGUUUGUCUGAUUCUUGGGACACAUUAUGAACUUUACUGUUGAACAACGUUAACAUUUCAAAGACUAUAAACCUCCAGUGAACUUAAAUGUGUGUGCAUCAAGAUGCAUCCUAUUUUUGUUCAGUGUGGUAUUGAAAGCUAUUUUGUCAAAGUUUUGCGAUGGUCAAACAAACCCAAGUAGUACAGAAUAAUCUGUAGCCACUGGACUGCAGCACUUUAUUUCAGCCAUUUUCCCCCAAAUAAUUGGUUGUUGGUACAAGGAGACCUGAAGGACAAUUUCUUGUGAAGUACAGCUACAGAUUCUUCCACACUAAUUGACUUUUCUAUUUGUCACAAAUAUAUUGAGACCAAAACAGAACAUUCCGUAAAGUUAUAAAUUAUUUUUCAGAGAAAUGUUACGUGUCUCAUAUUACACUAAAUGUUGAAAUACUAACAUUGCACAUGCCAAGUAUAGCCUGUUAUAUUAGAGUGGAUGUGUGUGAAUGUGUGCUACCUGAACAGUAGUAGUGAACACUGCAUGUAAUUUUUCUGCAAUCCAAACAAAUCUUACCUUGAAUUGUUUAUACACAUUCCCCCCCCUCUCCCUCAUAUAACCUCAUAGCAGAGACUGGUGAUUUAUGUUAACCCUAGAAAGACAAUUAUGACUUAACAUAAAACAAUAAGCCCAGUCUAGAUGAAAAAAGAAAACUACUAUUGUGCAGCUUGGUACAACCAGUUUAUUGAGUUUUUAGCUGAGCAAAUGUCACGUUAACAGUAGCAAGCUGUAACACAAUAGGUACUAGAGUUCACAAUUAGCACUGCAUGUCUUAGAAUCAUGAGUGACUGCUGGGGAGACAAGAUUACUGUAGGGUGGAGCCAUGUUGUAGCACACUAGUGGGUAGAAGAUCACAAGUGAUACAAGGUUAAAAAUUAAGAACAAGUAUCCAAGGGUAAAAUUUUGCAUGAAUGCCAAAUAGAUUGACAAUUAUAAAACUUAACGGCUAGUAUUAUAGUUUCCAUACAUCUAGGAUUAACAGGAUGUGUUCCCUGCUACAUUCAGUUGUAUAUUUAUAUUUUCAACCAGGGUGCAAACAAGUAUAAAUAGUACACGAAAUAUUCUUUUCAUUGCAAAUUCACAGGAAAUGCAUGGGCAAGUGUCACUUUUAGCUGCUCGUAUUUCUUGGACCCUUGAUUUGGGUUUUACCCCCCCUUCCUAUCAUUAAGCCACUUUAUAAAAAAAAAUUAUAAAUAAAAAUAAUGAUUGUGACAAACUA